AUGUUUCUGCAUGUGGGGGAGGCCGGAAGGGGUGACGGCGUGAAGAAGAGACGGAGACGGGAGAGAGGAGGACAAAGGAGCCGGCAGAGAGGAGGACGAGUCGGAGAGAGGGGAGGACCGACGGAGGGAAGGAUGUCUGAGCGGAUCGCUUCGUGCGGGAGCCUGUGUGACAGCACCAACCUGCUGCUACAGUACUGCAACAACGAUGACACGGUGUCGGCCAGCAGUAACAUGGACAUGGAGGACCGGGUGUCCCACCUGGAGCAGAGGCUGCAGCUGCAGGAGGACGAGAUCCAGCUGCUGAAGGCGGCUCUGGCCGACGCUCUGCGCCGGCUGGGCUACUGCGAGGAGCAGAACCAGGGGAUGCAACAGGGAGGCACCCAUGCAGGGAGGAGACCUCUGGCCACUACAGGCUCAGCAGCACCCACCAAAGUGCGUCAGCUCCUGCAGGCUCUUCCCUCCAGACCUCUGAGUAACGGCUACGUCCAACAGAAACGCCUCCUUUCCUCCCCGUCAUCUCCAAAGAAAGAGGUGCUGCAGUCCAUCAAGAGAAAGAGUAUGUCCACAGAGCGGCUCACCCUGGUGAGGAGAGAGAUGGCGGCGGAGAGUCGGAGUCGAACCACCUCCUCCAGCAGCUCCUCCGGCGGCAAAAGCAAAUCCAAAGAAUGCACCCUCAAUGCAGAGGACGGCUACGUGAGGAUGUUCCUCCGAGGCCGUCCCGUCACCAUGCACAUCCCCGACCAGCAGAGGGAGAGCUACGGCCUCGACCAGAAGGCGGCUCUGCCGGACCGCAAGCUCAAGCUGCAGUGGGUGUACGGCUACCGCGGCCGUGACUGCCGCUCCAACCUUUACCUGCUGCCCACAGGUGAGAUCGUCUACUUCAACGCCUCGGUGGUGGUGCUGUACAACACGGAGGAGCAGCAGCAGAGACACUACCUGGGCCACAACGACGACGUCAAAUGCCUGAGUGUGCAUCCCGAUAUGGUUACCAUAGCAACUGGGCAAGUGGCUGGAAACUCUAAAGAUGGAAAGCUGCUGGCUCCUCAUGUUCGUGUCUGGGACUCCGUGAGCCUCAACACGCUUCAUGUGCUCGGGAUGGGAGUGUUUGACAGAGCGGUCACCUGUGUGGCUUUCUCCAAGUCGAACGGUGGCACCUUCCUCUGCGCCGUGGACGAUGCCAACGAUCACAUCUUGUCGGUCUGGAACUGGCAGAAGGAGAAGCAACUGGCUGAUGUCAAGUGCUCCAAUGACUCUGUGCUGGCCGCCGUGUUUCAUCCCAUGGACACCAACCUGAUUGUCACCUGUGGAAAAUCUCACAUCAACUUCUGGACCAUGGAGGGCAACACUCUCACCAAGAGACAAGGCCUGUUUGAGAAACAUGAGAAACCCAAGUAUGUGCUGUGCGUGGCGUUCGCUGAGAAUGGAGAUGCCAUCACCGGAGACUCCAGCGGAAACAUCUACAUCUGGGCCAAAGGUGGUAACCGCAUCAGCCAGGUGGUGUCGGGGGCCCACGAGGGCGGCAUCUUCUCUGUUUGUGUCCUGAAGGACGGCACCAUGGUGUCUGGAGGAGGGAAAGACCGCAAGGUGGUGCUGUGGGACCACGAUUACAGGAAACAGUCCGAGAUGGAGGUGGGCGACUCGUUCGGUCCAGUCCGGGCUCUGGCUGAAGGUAAACCAGGAGAACUCUUCAUUGGAACCACUAAGAACGCCAUCAUCAGAGCUGCCUUCCCCGAUACUUUAACUCCUAUUGUACAGGGCCACACCGACGAGCUGUGGGGUCUGGACAUCCAUCCCUCCAUGGAGCAGUUCGUCACCUGCUCACAGGACAAGCAGGUUCACCUCUGGGACACCAACUCCCAUCAGCCCCUCUGGAGCAAGACCAUCGAGGAUCCAGGGAGGUCUGCAGGGUUCCAUCCCAGUGGGGCUGUUCUGGCUGUGGGGACCAUGACUGGAAGGUGGUUGGUGCUGGACACCGACACUCGAGAUCUUGUUUCUAUGCACACAGACGGCAAUGAGAUCAUUUCCAACGUCAAGUACUCUCCAGAUGGUAACUUCCUGGCUGUUGCCUCUCAUGACAACUUUGUUUACAUCUAUGCUGUGACGGAGAACGGCCGAAAGUACAGCCGAGUGGGGAAAUGCACCGGCCACUCCAGCUUCGUCACCCAUCUGGACUGGUCCAAAGACAGCCAGUAUCUGGUCACCAACUCAGGAGACUACGAGAUCCUCUUCUGGGAGGCAUCCAACGGUAAACAUGUGACCAACAUGGACACGGUGCGCAACCUGGAGUGGGCCACUUCCACCUGCACUCUGGCCUUCACCACCUUCGGAAUCUGGCCAGACGGAGCAGACGGCACAGACAUCAACGCUGUGUGCAGGUCACAUGAUGGAUCCCUGCUGGCCUCUGCUGAUGACUUUGGCAAAGUGCACUUGUUCUCCUUCCCCUGCUCUCAACCAAGGGCUCCGAGUCAAGAGUACGGUGGCCACAGCAGCCACGUGACCAACGUUGCCUUCCUGCACGACAACAGUCACCUGAUCUCCACCGGCGGGAAAGACACCAGCAUCCUGCAGUGGGUGGUUGCCUAGACGACGCCAUCCAUCCCCCACCUCUGAUCCCAACAGGCAGGGACCACAUCAUUACCCCCCCACCUCUCCUCGUCUCGUCCUCGCUGUUUUAUCCUCCUGCCACCAGGGGGCAUCACCUCCUCUGUGCCUACUGGAAAUUAAAAACAACAACAACAACCGCAUAACUUGACCAACCCACAGAUGUCACACGGGAUGAGAUGAGUCUCACUGUAAUAAAUGAAAGAUGUACCGCUGUGUGUAACAGAAUGUCUGCAACUCUUCUCCCAGCCGGAUGCUGCUGGUGCUGGUGGUGGUGGUGGUGCUGGUGGUGGUGGCCGCACAGUAAACCUGUGAUUUUAGCGUUAGUACUAACUGUGCCUAAACCGUAUUUAUUUUUAACCCCCUUUAAUGGGAAUUCCAUCUAUUUGAAGAGACAAGUUUGUGACAAGUUUUAAUCCCAAAGCAUGCACGCUAAAGUUUCGUCGACUAUAUUGCAUGCAACACAUUUAUGGUGAGAGUUAUAUUUGGUUUAAUAUGGUGUUUGGUUUCCAUUUUUUUUCCCUUGAAGUAUAAAAAUCAGUGAGCAGACUCUUGAGGUAGCUGCAAACUGAAAGCAUGGAAACCAAUUAAUUCUUGAAAAAUUAAGAAAAAUACUCCUAAAUGUCCAUGUAGCUGUGAUUUGGUAAAACAGGGAGAAUUAAUUUUUCAACCCCAGCAGAGUUUAAUAGAUUCUUGCUGGUCUUUCCUAAAGCCAGGAGUCCCAGAAACAAGCCUUCAAACUUGUGACAAACUUGUGCAGAGAUGUGAGAAUAAAAACAGAACGUACACAUGUUGAGAUGAGAUCUUAAAUUGAGAAGGAGUGACGCAUGUUUGGAGCAAAGUUUGUUGUAGGAAUUCCCAAAAUAGGUGGUGUUCCCCUCUUCAGAUACUUACUAUAACCCCCAUUGCCUUGUUCUAUUCCACUUCUCCAUCCCUCAGCCUGAUUUCCAAACUCUUAAGGUGCACAUUUGUGAGUAUUGCAGAUUGCUGUAGGAGACUGUGAUCGGUACAAAGUGGCUGUUUUUGUCCCAGGCCUUUUUUAUUUCACCUCCUCCCUCCCAGGCUGCUGUGUUUCUGAUUGUACUACUACUACUACUACUGUAACUGUGCUGAGAAGGCACCAGGUGGCGCUACAGUGCAAGAGAAUGAGCAUGACUGAGGCCGCCCUCCUUCUGUAGAUGCUGUUAAUGUCGCAAAAAAAAAGGUCUCUAGAGUAAAUAUAUAUAUUAUGCAGUAUAUCCGAGUGGCUGUGUUAUUUUAAUAUUUAACUGUAACAACGAUGGAUGUGAUUAUAAUUAUUAUUGUGGCACUUUUAGCGAUCGACAGAGGGAUAAUGUAGGCUGUUGUGCUUUGGAAGUGAGCUUGAGCUGUGCUUUGCCUUCUUCUGUUUUGUUAAUAAAGUUUUUACCCAAGUAC